GAUAAUCAUAGCGUCACGUGACAGUGUUUUAGUCAUGGCCGACGACUGCAGAAGACAGGCGUUCGAACUGGAGAGAAGGAUUUUUGAGUUGGACAAUAAGUGCGCCAGCCUCAGAACCGAGAAACAAGAUGAUGACUAUUUACAGAAUGCUUCUUCAAUACUAGACAAGUUGAAAAGCUUUUACAGACAAGGGGGGGAGAGUAACAGUCUGCCUAAACUGCUUCAGGAUUACACUCAGGUGAUCCUGGACAUCACGUUCUAUGAGGAAAACAAGCUGGUGGACCAGGAGUUCCCGGAGGACUGCUCACCCUUUAAGAUCCAACAGCUGCUGCAGGACCUCACAGAGCCAGAGGUGCUGGCGGGUAGACUGGUCCCGGCCCAAGAGGUGCAGUCAGUGCUGGGGCUAGAGGUGUUAGAGUGCCUCUACUGGAGACGUGGAGCACUGCUUUACAUGUACUGCCACACACUCCACCAACGCAAGCAGUGGAUCAAGAAGAACAAAGCCACUUUCCUCAAGUGUCUUCAGGAGGGCGUACGUUACCUGAUGAGGAUGUUGCAGGUGAGGAACUCCGUGAAGCUCAACGAUGGGGUGGUGUUUCAUGACUCUGCUACCGCCAACUUCCUGGCUGAAGGCAUCUUCUCAGACACCCACCUGCUGACGAUGAUGUACAUAGGGGAGAUGUGUUUCUGGGCAGUGAAGUACGAGGACUGCAGCGUGGAUUCCAUGGAACGCAAAGAGGACCGGCUUCACUUCCGGGACAUUGGGACGCAGAUCCUGCACAAAUACGUGCUUGUCUGUGACGGCCCUCUUCAGGGCCAGGGCUGGAACACAGAGAAUGCCAAGGAAAUCCUAAGUAUCUUACAGUGAACCAGGGAGGGCUAUGGGUACAAGUUUCCCUUAGGUACUGAUCUAGGAUCAGGUUAUCAAACCCCAAAUUGUAAUGCUAAGCAUUAAGGGAGGAGGAAUCUGAUGGAUCAGUUUCUAGGGUCAACUUCUUUUCGUUCUGAAAGGCUCCGGCUGACUGAGGGGGUGAAGUUUGGGGCAAGGGUAGGUGAAGACUGAGGGGGUGAAGUUUGGGGCAAGGGUAGGUGAAGAAUGAAGGGCUAGGGUAGGGAGAGGUGUUAAUGAAAUGUGAGUCUCCCCAUCUCCUGCAAGAAGCACUUCCAGAUUUCAGACUGUUGGUUGGGCAUGUGUUUUGCUCUGAGAAUGUGGUAGAAUAAUAAUUAUAUUAAAAUAAGAUUAUUAACAAAAUAAAUUGUUAAAAAAUUAAAGUAUUGUUUGAAGAUUAA